GCGGCUCCGGCUCCAUCACCACCACCUGUGGCGCCGGGAUGGCGGAGCUCGACCUCAGCGCGGCGGCCGUGCUGGGCUUCCUGCGGGAGCGCGGCGGACGGGUGCGCAACACCGAGCUGGUGAGCGCCUUCCGGCCGCUGCUGGAUGCCGGCGGGGACUCGGCGGCGCGGCGGGAGCGGUUCAAGGCGGCGGUGAACGCCGUGGCCGUGGUGAAGGAGCGCGACGGCGCCAAGUUCGUCGUUCUGCGGCGGGAGCUGCGCCACGACCCGCCGCCGGGGGCCGCGCUGGCGCCGGGGGGCGAUGGCGGCGGCCCCGACCCCAGCCCCGACCCCGUCCCCAGCGGGCGGCUGUCGCCGGCGCCCCCCGAGGAGCUGCCGGGGCCGCGGGCCGUGUCCGAGCUGCGGGGUCUCUUCCAGGGCGGCGGUGGCGGGGUGCCGCUGCCCGGCGGCGCGGCGGGGGCCCGGCGGGAGCCGCUCCCCAAGCCCUGCAUGCUGCCGGUGCGCUGCGUGCCGGCCCCCGCCGCCGCCGCUGCCGCCGCGCCGGGGCUGCCGGAGGAGCUGGGGUCCCCCCUGUCACCCCCGGAGGUGGAGACCGGGUCCCGCUCCCCUUACCUGCGGCGGGCGACCAAGAACCACCGGGCCAGCGAGGAGACGUCGGCGGUGCCCCUGGAACAGGCCGAGCACCAGUGGCUGGUGAUGGCGGCGGACGGGCAGUGGACGCAGCAGCUCCACGGGCUGCUGCUGGGCGAUGCCAGCUUGGCGGACAGGAGAGACUUCAUCUCGGGCUUCACCGCCCUGCACUGGGCCGCCAAGAACGGCAACUGCGACAUGGUGACAAACAUCAUCAGAGCGGCCGAGAAGGGGGGAACCCGUGUCAAUGUGGAUGCCAGGUCACACGGCGGCUACACAGCCCUUCACCUGGCUGCCAUCCACGGCCAGGAGAAGAUCAUCACCAUGCUGGUCUACAGCUACCAUGCCAAGACUGACCUGAGGGACUACAGCGGGAAGAAGCCGCACCAGUACUUAAAGGAAGGGGCCUCCUCUGUGGUCAGGCGCUUGCUGGGGGACCCCAGCCUUCCCCACAGCACAGAGCCCUCCAUGCCCAUCAAGAAGACCACAAAGCUUGCGGCUUCCAUCUUGAGCUCAACAAGCACUUUCCUGGGGGUGAUAUCCGAUGACAUGGCUUUCUACGAUCUCACCAAAGGUUUGAGGAAGCCUUCAUCUUUAAACAAGCUCCUGGCUGCCACUACGGGCCCGAGGAGGAAGCCAAAGACCAGAGGGAGCUUCCCUUCAUACUCCUCACUCUCUGAGGUGAUGGAGGAGGAGGAAGAGGAGGUUGUUGUGAAGCGCAGACCUGUUUCUGAGCUGUUCUUUAGCCACUAGCCUCUGCCUUCUUCGGAUGCAAAUUGUUUAAUAAUGUGACCAGGGUCUCGAUUUCCUCUCCCAGAAGCAGCUUGGAUUUCUUCUCUCCUGUCUGUCUUUUUGGAUGUUGGACUAAACCAGUGAUAGGGGCCCCAGAGGCCACGGGCUGAAACCCAACUCACAGCCACUGGUGGAGAGGUAGCUGCCCUGGGAGCACUGCAGAUGCUGCGUGUGCCAUCCUGAUGUGUCGGGAGAGACUGCAAACUUUAUACUUCAUGGUUGAAAAACUAAACCUCUAUGUGUGUAGACAGGUUAAAAUGCUUAACGUACAGCCUUCUUGAUCUGUGCUCCUUGGCUGGAGAGCAAAAGUAAGGUAAAGGAUUGCGUAUUUUACACUGUGAACAGCAAGCUGGUAGCUGGCUACUUGAACAUGGCUUGUUACACAGGCUUAAAUUCUUAGAGGAAAGAUGCAUAGUUUUCUAUGAUGUUUCUGACUAUUUUGGUAACAGAAGAGGAAUAUUUCUAUUUAAAAACAAAUUGUGUACUUUUUCAAAGCAAAGUUUCUCACUAUCACAAAUGCUAACGUAACGAUCUCCGUUGUUGACUAAUGUGUUUUAUUAGAUGAACUACUUUACAAAAAUAAACCCCACCAUCAGCACCAUGACCUGUCUACCUCAGUCUGGAAGCAAGGUUAGCAUUGUAAUUGUGGCUUUUCCUCUUCCUGAAAGACUUUGUGACCAGCUGGUACUAACCACGUCUUUGAUGAUACUGUGAAUGCUGAAACUUGACUAGAGUUCGGUCACUUAAUCUGAAUAAAAACCUUGUUGAUAGUGAAAAACUGAACUGAAAACUGGGAAUUGGAUCCUGCAGUUUCUGAGUAGCCAACUGGGAACAAAGGCUCCUAUGUCUGAUUCUUUUUAUUUAAAGCUUGGCCUUUGAUUCUGACCUACUUACAAUAAAUGUUUAUAAAAUUUGGGCUUUAUGUUAGGUGUUUCAUGACGGAAUGUCUGCAUGACCUCUUAAAGCAGUGUUUAUCUCAGCAGCAUGAAUCAUGGACCUAAAACUAACUCUUCUUUUAUAUUAGAAACAGAAUUGUUCUAUGUGUAGAACUCCGUGUAGGUCCCCAAAGCAUGCUAACUGCAGGUUAACUAAUACAUGGCAGUGAGGUGGUUACUUUUUUAAUUGCUAUUUGGUUAAAGGCAAUGCAGAGGGGCAGAGCUAAGAACAGAAGCUGCCCAACUCCUGGGGCCAGCAUGCCAAACCAUCCCCUUUUCCCUAAAAAUGUAUCUGAAACCCCUGUAUAUUUCAGAGGUGAUGAAGGGGAUGGUGGUACUGCACUUGCUUUGCUUUUCAGCCCCAUGGGGUGUUCCAGUUUCCAUACUGAAACACUUGUUUGCAUGCUUUGCCUCUCUUUCCAAGCCAGUGACUUCAGGAAUGUUUGUUUUUUCAGCCUUGAAUUAAGCCUCGUACUUCUAAUAGGCUUUAAUUGGCUUCUCUCAAAUGCUCCUACAGCAAGGAAUGCUGUAGGGCUGUGCUGAGGGGAGGCGCUGCCCUCUUUCACUUUGAAACGAUCCCCUGAAGUCCCUGGAGUGGGUGACAUCGGAGCCUGUGACGUUGGUUGGGAGCGCACCCAUGGCUGCAGAGGGGCUGCCCCGCCUGCUCCCGCGGGAGCCUGGGUUCCACCGCACCGCUCUGCUGCUGUGUCGAACUGCUUGAGCUGCCAAGUGAACGCUGGUGCUCCAGCACCUCCUGACUGCUAUAUCUGGAGUAGGGUUUAAAGAGAAAAUAAAAUCCUAUUUGCUCCAUA